UUUUAUUUGGUACUUAUUUAUAUCUAAAUGUUCGAGGAAAUUUGAUAAAUUGUAGCGAUCAUUAGUUAAAUCCAUCAGGUCUACCUACUAACUCAAGAUGUUAGCACUGGAAUUGGAUGCUCUGUCCAAAUUCAGUGAAACGAGCAUUGCCGCCGGAGAAUCGGAGGCACGGUGGUGCAACUUCUCAAGAACUCGGUCUAGAGAACGUGUUCGUAAUUCUGUGUCUGAUACUUCACCUAUGCGCUAUGAUAGAUUCGGAGACUUACAUUUUCCGACUAAUGAAUCCCACAGUUUGGCUUCAGGUUCUGCUUCAAGAGAUUACUUUCGAGAUAAUAAGUCAUCCGGAAUUCAGUUGUGUACCUCGUCAGUACGGGAUGAAGCCCCGCGUUAUGAAGUGGACGUAAAACAUCCGAUACAAAGGGGGAACACAAAAUGUGAGGGUUUCGGAAACUGCCCUCCGGUGGCCCCGGUCACGGUACUGAAGCGGAAUGAGACGGGUCAAUGGACCAAAGUCGAAGUAACUGCUGCAGGAGAGGACCAGAUGUGCACACCAUCAGAAAAUCUUACUCAGGCAACACCAGAUGCAAGCGGCGCCGCCGGAGCGCUCGACAGGCCCCGCCGCUUCGUGCGACGACUCCUGCGGGAACUAAUUGCUUCCUUGCCAUUGCUCUCUAAUAACGUCGAGGGUCCAAUGAUGAAGGAGCCUAUAAAAAAGUGCAGACAUAUUCCUAGCAAUCGUUCGCUGAGUUCACCUCCUGCAUGCCGCAGCCUCUCUGUGCAAACUCUCACGUCUACUGGCCUUCAACAUGAGUCUUCGUGUUGUAAAACUAGAUCCACUAAACAUAAACGAGAGAAGGGUUUUGAGCCAUACUGGGCGGGCGGCGCGCGCGCGCUGCGCGACGCGCAUGUGCGGCACGUGCUGCGCCAGCUGCGGCUCGUCGACCACCUUAACCGCGCGCUCGACCGCCGCGCCUGAUACACAACAUUAAACGUGCACUUUGAGGGCAAGGCUGCGUUGUUGUUCCAGCUAUUUGUACCGGCUGGUACCUCCGUGCCAUCCGUCAGCCGCUCAACGACAGAGAGCAGCCUAUCGACCUGUCCACCCUUGCCUGAGAACACAAAUCAACUGAAGACCCACUUCCAAACUAGAGCCACGUUAACGCUCUCUACGUUUAUUUCAAAUGUUUUGUAAA